ACACUUAUUCCGUUUGUAUUGUGUACACCUAUCAGCAAGGCAAAAUCGACCCAGGCUGUACAUAACGCACACAGACUACCUGUUGGCUAUUGGCUAGCGAGCGAGUGCAUAAACAACAGCGUCAGCAUAAAUAAGCAACACACCAUAUGCACUGGUAGCAGCUCUUAACACCAUGUCCAACGUACGCCAGUGUCCGUUCGAUCCUCUACACAUAAUUUCGGCGAAAUCGUUCGCCAUACAUCUGGUCAAGUGCAAGCGUCAGCAUCCGGAAAUUAAGCUGGUCGAAUGCUACUUCGACUCGUCCCAUCUUGUGAAGGAGGAAGAGCUGAAGCAACAUAUGCGAACAUGUUCCGGACGAAAUCAUUUGCUUGAGUACAAAACUACCAUCGAUCGAACAACUACUGGCUGUGGUGCGGACAGGCUGGAUGAUCCAGCCGCGAAUCUUAUUUACAACACCGAUGAAUCCAACAGGCAGAAAACCGAGACCGGUGGACGGUCGCUUCAGGACGACACCGAGUGUUGGGAUGAUUUUGCGUACGAGGCGUACGAUCCGCUGGCGAGCUGUAAAUCCAAGAUGCAGAACAGCAAAACGUUCAUCUUGCCCAAUCCGAACAAGUUUGCUGGACAGAUGAAGGCAGCUGCUGCGACUUUGGCCGAAACGCACCAGGUAGACGUUCCGGAUGCCGAAGAGGCUAGUUGCGAGGAAGGAAGUUUGGAGGACAAUGCUGCCAGCAGUGAACAUGCUGAGCGAAAGUAUGAUCCGCCUGGCCAUGAAGUUUCAAGGACUCGACAUCGUGAUGUGAAGGAAAGUCCGAGUGACUACGACGACGCUGCGUCUAGUUCGAGCAGCAGAAGACACCGCAAAGACAGACAUUUUGAAGACCGCUCCAGUUCCAGACGGUAUGAGGCUAAGGAUGAAACGAGUUACCGACCCGAAUCAAAAGGGAGUUCCCAUCGUACCAGUGAUCGGUCACGAUCAGAUAGUACAAGUAGUGGCGAUCGAAAGAGCCACGUUUACGAUGGACAUUACGACGGUUACACCUAUCGCGGAUCGUAUGAUGCUUCUCGUAGCCGUAGAGAUGACCGUGGGGAGAGGUACAAAGUAGAGACGGAUAGAGGACGAUACGAUCGACAAGGGGAAUACCAUCGCAGUAGCAGUCGAUCUUACGAUUCCAGCCAACUUAAGUACGAACCCUACCAAAGAUCUCAUCGUUCGUACGACGACCGGCCCCGCCAUUCGCGUGAUUAUGAAUGAAUGAAAUGUCCAUAGUAUUAGCGCAUUGAGGAAAUAACUAAAUACGUUAAGUUUCAGUUAAAUGAAAUAUUUCAAUUAGACUAAAUAGAGAUUUUUCUAUUAUACGAUUCA